AGACAAUGGGCCAAAUGGCCUCUUUCGGUACUGUAACACCUUCUUGUGAUGUUCCUCCAAGCCAGCAGGGGCUGCAAUCAGUAAAGCACAGUUUUAAGAGCGAUGGUUUGCAAACCCUGCCCAGCUUCCUGUGCUGGAGGCGAAGUGGGAGAGGAGAGGUUGGUUUAUACUUGCUGGAGUUCAGAGCUGGACGGUGCUAUGGGAUGGAUGAAGCAGAGCAGAACAAAUAUGUGUUACAGCUUAAGGAUGUGUUUGACAGCUGUGACACUACAGGGACGGGUUACCUGGACAGGGAGGAGCUCAGUGAUUUGUGCCAAAAGCUCCACCUGGAAGCUCAGAUCCCUCUUCUACUGCAGACACUUUUGGGCAGCAACUAUCAUGGCCGGGUAAAUUUUGAGGACUUUAAAGAAGGAUUUGUUGCUGUGUUAUCUACCACUUUUGACCUCGGUAACUCAGAAGAUGAGAGCAGUUAUUUAGACCCAGCUACCCCGGAGCAGGUCGAACCAAAGUACGUCAGGGGAGCCAAACGAUAUGGCCGCCGAUCUAUACCCGAAUUUCUGGAUUCCAAAGUGGAAACUACAGAUGAUUUGGAGGAGUCACUUUGUUUUAGGACAACAAAGGAUGAACUGGUCACACAAAGCACCAGCAGAAGUAUUUUAAAACGCUCUGCAUCUCUUGAGAGUGUAGAGAGCCUCAAGUCUGAUGAAGAGCUAGAGCACCAUCAGGAAUCUUUGCAAGAAACCUUCGAAGCACAAGGUCAAUUGAACAGAUGGAAUCCUGAUGGUUUUGACAGUGCCAGGAGGACCUCCACUCCUUAUUCUGAAGCUACAGAAAACCACGUUCAAGCCAUCUGGGAUGAAUUGGGAGUAGGGAAGAACGGCUACCUCAGCAAGGAGGAAUUGGCGACAGUCUGCAGCAACAUUGGCCUAAAGGACCUCAAAGACAAAGAAGUUGAUGAUCUAUUCAGAAAGUUGGAUAAAGACGGUGAUGGAAACGUGAGCCGCAAUGAGUUUCUUCUUGGCUUAUUUCGGCAUGGAUCUGCUGCUUCAGUCCCUUCCACACCCUGCAAGCAGAGACAUUGUCUCCAUCAGAACUUUAAGGCGAACAGAUGUAGAACAGCAACUCCAUCCUUGAUAUCAAACACUGUUGGUUUGCAACUGUUUUCUGGUCUUGAUGAUGGUACUGGUUACGCAACACCGGGACAAAUAAUCAGCAUGUGGCAAGAAGAUGGAAUUAAAAACAGUCAGGAGAUUUUAAAGACAUUAGACUUUGAUGUGGAACAGAAGGUGAACCUUGCACACCUAACCAAAGCACUUGACAAUGAGUUAUUGACCAGCAAAAAUGGAAUUCAUCAAGCCGCAUUCUCCUGUUACAGAAAUGAAAUAAAUGGCCUUCAAAGACAAAUUCAGCAGUUGUAUAAGGAGAGAGAAAAGACCAAAGCAGACUUGGACAGAGCAGAGAGGUGUAAUGUCGAGCUAGCCAGAGAAGUUGAUGACCAACAUGCCACAAUGGAAUUGAUCAAUGAAACCAAAAUCAAAGCUUUGGAUCAAGGAUACAAGGAGAAGAUAGCAGCCGUUAAAUUAGAGAUGGGCAAGGAACAGGAGAUGAUUGUACAGCAGGUGAACACACAGCGAGCUGAACUUGAACAUGAGUUAGAUUCCCUCCGAUCCGAUGAGAUCCAUUUCCAAGAAAAGCUGAAACUGGCAAUGAAGGAGAACAGUCGAUUACAGAAAGAAUUGGUGGAAACGGUGGAAAAAUUGACUGAAUCCGAGAAAUUGAUUUCCAGGUUACAGAAGGACCUUGACUGCAUGCUGAAAGCAAAAUUUGGAGAAUGGGAUCAUCCGAAUGUGGAGAUCACUGGCCACGAGCAGAGGUUCACGGGGAUUAUAAUGGAAUAUGAACAACAGUGCAAGAGAGUGAAGGAGUUACGCGACCAGAAUGAUGAGUUACAAUCUAAAAUGGAGUUGCUUCAAUCACAGCUGCACCACAGAAAACAGAGCACUGUGGGUAAUAAGAGGGUGAAGAAUCCCAUUUGUUUAGGCACUGAUGGCGGGGUCACCAGGUGCCAGUCUGCUUCUGAUGAGACAUCCCUAGAAAGUGAAUGUGCCAACAUUAGCAUCCAAACAGAGAUGGCAAUGGAGCAACUCAGAAGGCAGCAUCAAGAGGAAGUGCAAGACCUUAAAAUACAAUUGGAAACAAAGGUAAAUUAUUAUGAGAGAGAAAUUGAACUGAUGAAGAGGAAUUUUGAGAAAGAGAGGAAGUACGUAGAACAAAGCUUUAAGAUUGAGAUCGGCGAACUGGAGGACCAGCGUGUUACCAGGGAACAUGAAAUGGAGCGGCUUCAGGGUGUGGUGAAUGAGUUGCGUGUUCAACAGCAAGAUGCAGAAGUCCAGCAGGAGGAAACAAUUGCUGAUCUACUAAGGCGACAUGAAACAGCCAAGCUAAACCUGCAAGAAGAGGUGAGGAAAGGACAGGAGGAAAAGUGCAAAAUGGAGGAGCUGAAGAAGGACGCAGAGUUGACAAAAAUGUUCAAAGCACAGUCUAAAUCAAAAUUGGCAUUGCAAAUACAAGAACUGGAAACAAAGUUCCAGUGGGAAAGGACAGCUCAACAGCAGGCCUUUGUCAAGGAGAAGUCAGAAUUAGAGCUACGGCUGUCGAAGGAGAAGCUUGAAAUGGAGAAGGAACUGAAACUCCAACAUCAGAAGGAAUUGCAGCAAUUAAGGAAGGCAACACAAGAUGAAUCUAACCUGAAGCUCUCACUUUUGGAAGCUGACCAUGUUGCUUUAACACAAAAGUAUCAGUCUGAGAAAACACAGCUGAUCCAGGGAUAUGAGCUGAAAAUUGAGGAGCUUACAAGACAACAGAGUCAAGAGAAAAGUCAUUGGGAGUCUCAUGUGCAGAUGACUUGCAAUGAGGCCAGGAAAGAAAAGCUAAACCUGCAGGAAAAGAUGCAUGAGGAACAGGCUAAGAUCUGCAAAACAUUUGCAAUAGAGAGGGAAGAAAUGGAAACCAAGUACAAAGAACAAAUAUGCAGUCUUAGUUGUGAGAUCGAGAGCUUAAAGGCUCAGGUAAAAGAGCUAAGAAGAGUGAACGACAUGGAAGAUCUAACACAUCCUGAUGAAAAACCCACUGAGGACAACCCUUGCCUGUACCAAAGAAUCCACAUCCAGUCUUCGACCAAUGAAGAGUGUUUUGCACUUUUAAAGAAAAAAGAAGAUGAGAUAUUGGGUUUAAAACAGCAAAGAGAUGAGAUGGAAAUAAAACUGAGGCAAGUAAUGGAUGAGUCAGAGAGAAAGGAGCAAGUGCUUCAAAAUGAGGCAACGAAUCUGCGGAGGUUGGUAACUAAGCUAGAAGCUGAGACUGAGAAGAAGUACAGAUGUGAGUCUGAAAUGAUCUCUGAAGAAAACUCUUCCUUGAAAAGAGAAAUGGCGAAGUUUCAUCAGGAGUUUCGGGAUCUGGAAGGAGAAGUUAAUGAACAAAGGAAACAAGUGGAACACCUGCAAGAUGAAAGAGAGCGCAGACGUAGAGAAUCUGAAGAACUUCAGAAACAGAACAAACAGUAUGUGGCUGAAAUUGCCCAGCUCAAUAGCAAGAAUGUACAGCUCAGCAAUCAGAACUCACUAUUCAGUGCCAAGGUAGAAGCUAAUCAGCAGAGUAUUCAGAUGCUCAGUACAAGACUAGCUGAACUCUCCCAGCAGAAGGAAGAGGUGGUCAGUGUUACCAGACAACUGCAGAAGACUUCCAGCAAAUUGGAGAAGGAGCAUUUUCAACAGCAAUCUAUAUGGGAAAAAGAGAAAGAGCUCAUGCAACAGGAACUGCAGGCAACUAAGAAAAAGUUAUUAGAUCUAGAUUCACUGGCUAAGGAGACAAGUGUACUAAGGGCAGAGAAAAAGAGCCUAGAUAGCCAAUCUAUGACAAUGCUGCAACACCUUCAGGAGGCCAAAGAGAAGAUAAAGAUCCUAGAAUUGGGUUUGGAUCAAGUGCAUUCUAAUCGAGACCAUCUGAAGCUAGAACUUCAAGGAAAGCACCAAGAAAAUUUGUCACUGACAAAGGAGAUUGGAUCUGUUACAAAGUCAUUGCAAGAGGCAAAGAAUAAGUUCAGCCAAGUGCGUAUCCUGGAGACUGAACUGGAAUCUAUGAAAAACGAAUAUCAGAUUUUGCAAAACAAAGAAGUAAAGUUGGAAGCUGACCUGAUGGAGUCGCAGAAACAGUUGUUAGAAGCUAAGACCAACUUGCUGCUCUCCCAGUCUCAACACCUGCAUGAAGUGCAACAAUUAAAGGAGCAAAUUGGCAAUACUGUGCCCAAAGCUCAGUUGACAGAAUUACAGCUGAAACUAACAGUGGAAGAGCAGAAAGUACAGCAACUUCAAGAACAGAUCGCUGCUCAGGCUAAGGAAGCAAACAGUUUGAUGUUUGAACAACAGGAGGAGUACAAAAGACUUCUAAAGCAAAUGGAGGAAAGAAUGGAGGAGGUUGAACAAAAGCUGAAACAUGUACGAAUGAUGCUUCAAGAUAAGGUGAACCAGCUCAAGGAACAGUAUGCAAAGAAUGCCAAGUCUGAUUCGAUAUUGAAGGAUCUGUAUGUGGAGAAUGCCCAGUUGAUGAAAGCUUUGCAGAUCACAGAGCAGCGGCAAAAAGGUGCUGAGAGAAAGAACUUCUUGCUGGACGAGAAAAUCGCAGCUUUAAACAGAGUGUUAAGAAAAAUUGCUCCAGCCUCUCUCUCUUAACUGUGUCAAAACACCACCAUACUCAACAUUUUGGGUUGAUGGUCUUAAAAUGGUAACACACUUUUUACAAAGCAAAUAAUAGUCCUCCAUCCCAAUAAAGUUAUUUUGAUUCUGAUCUUUCCAUGUGUAAUCAAGUCCUCUCUUGGUAUUCUAUUCAGAUUCUUUUCCUCUAAAAUGCAAUGCUCCAAGUCUUUGUACAAUUCUGUUUUAUGCACCAACUCCACUGCUUAUUAGGACAUCUGUUUUAUACGACUUGACUGAAGAUGAUCAACUUUUCCCAUCAAUAAAUCACACUAACGUGCUUGCUCCUAUCUUUGAAAGAGACUUAAAUAAUUGGUAUGGAUUUUCCUGAGGAUAGAUGCAUCUAUGACAAUAAUGUAACAGUAACAGCCCUCAAAAGACUUCACAAACACUCAAACCCUUGUUGGGGUCUGUACUAAGUACAUUUUUGUAUGUCUAUAUCAUUCAUCAUACUGUUGAGUAAAUGGGAUAUUGAUGUUACAAUUUUUUUUACAUUCACUGUAUUUCAUCUUGUUUUGUCAUAUUUACUUUUUUCCUAAAGUAGCUUGAUUACUGGAAGUGCAAAAUGGAAUUUUGAUAUGAGAACUAUGUACAAAUGUUCAGUUAUUUGAAGACAAUUUGUAAAUGCUGACCCUGCUGUGCAGAAACGAUUUUUAAAAUUUAACUGACUUUUGAUACUAUUGAUAAACUUUUAUAAAAUUAAAAAUUAUCCAAUUAUACUGAUUUGAAUUAUUUACAUACUUUCAAAUAAUCUGUAUAGAGAUGUUUAUGACACACCUAUGGGGAGGGGGAACUGUGAGCGAGAAGGCCUGGGUUUAGAAGUAUAGACACUACCACUGUGGCAUAAACCAAUUUAUUCGCUGGAUUUUUUUUAAAAUCAACCUGUUCAGACAUAUUAUUCACAUCUUUGAAGAAGGUAGGACUCUAACCCAGGCCUUCUGGGGCAGAGAUAGGGACACUUUCACUGUUCCAAAAGUGCCAAAUAAAUUCUAUGGACAUUUUCUAAUCAAUCUAUUAGAGUUAUUAUUACAUACCACCUGGAGGAGGCAUGAGGAAGAGAGAAAACUAAACCCAGGUGUCCUGACUCCGAAUACAGCCAAUCUCACUGCAACUAAUGAAAGUUUUUUUUAUAAUUCCCUUCAUGUUAUAUAGAUCAGUUCAUGCAACUGAGGUGCAGACUCCCAUAGCAUGAUCAUGCUUUGUACCUUUGGUAAAUAUCCAUAUUCGCUUGAGU